AUGAGGUGGAAAGUUAAACUUGUUGCAUUAAUAAUUUUAGUUUUUAAUUCUGCUGGUGCCAAAAGUAUAGAGUCAAACAUUACAUCAACAAAUAAUGAGAUUAAAUCAGAUUUAAAUGAAGUUAGUAACGAAAUAGUCAGUGACACUUCAAUUGUGUCAAGAAAAUUAGACGCACGUGAUACAAGAUGGAGUUAUUACUAUAUGGGAAGAUGGGUAUGGCAUCUUCCACUGUGGUUCUUGUUGUAUUUUGUAUGGUACAUUGUGUUUUGUACAGUUCGAUCGAUUUAUAAUCAUACGAUAAAUCCAGACGAUUAUCUCAGAAAACGAAGAAGCAUCGACGAUUGGAAUUUAAAUCAACUUACUCAGAACGUGCUUAGCAAAAUAGAAAGUUUUCCAAAUAAAAUAUUAAAAAGUUAUGAAAGAUAA